GGAGGGCGGGCUGCGCCGCGGCGCGCGGGAUCCGGCUGACGCAGCUGGCCUCGGCUCCCCGAGACCGAGACCGCGAGGGGAGGGGAAGGAGGAGAACGAGUGAGGACGCGCGUGCGCAGUGGCGCGGGGAGGAGCGGGGACCUGGCAGCGGGCGAGAAGGCAGCGAGCGAGCCGCGAACCCGGCGGGCGGAGGGCGGCGAGCGCGCGCGCACCAUGGGAGAAAAACCCGGGACCAGGGUCUUCAAGAAGUCAAGCCCUAACUGCAAGCUCACCGUGUACUUGGGCAAGCGAGACUUUGUAGAUCACCUGGACAGAGUGGACCCUGUGGAUGGUGUGGUGCUUGUGGAUCCUGACUACUUGAAGGACCGAAAAGUGUUUGUGACCCUCACCUGUGCCUUCCGAUAUGGCCGAGAAGACCUGGAUGUACUGGGCCUGUCUUUCCGAAAAGAUCUGUUCAUCGCCACCUACCAGGCCUUCCCCCCCAUCCCCAACCCACCUCGGCCCCCCACCCGCCUACAGGACCGACUGUUGAAGAAGUUAGGCCAACAUGCCCACCCCUUUUUUUUCACAAUACCCCAGAAUUUACCUUGCUCCGUCACACUGCAGCCAGGACCAGAGGACACAGGGAAGGCCUGUGGAGUAGACUUUGAGAUUAGAGCCUUCUGUGCCAAAUCAAUAGAAGAAAAAAGCCACAAAAGGAACUCUGUGCGGCUUAUCAUCAGAAAGGUACAGUUUGCUCCUGAGACACCCGGCCCCCAGCCCUCAGCUGAAACCACACGCCACUUCCUCAUGUCUGACCGGCGAUCCCUUCACUUAGAGGCUUCCCUGGACAAAGAGCUGUACUACCACGGGGAGCCCCUCAAUGUCAACGUCCAUGUCACCAACAAUUCUGCUAAGACCGUCAAGAAGAUUAGAGUGUCUGUGAGACAGUAUGCUGACAUCUGCCUCUUCAGCACGGCGCAGUACAAGUGUCCUGUGGCUCAGCUUGAACAAGAUGACCAGGUGUCUCCCAGUUCCACAUUCUGCAAGGUGUACACCAUAACCCCACUGCUCAGUGACAACCGAGAAAAGCGUGGCCUUGCCCUGGAUGGGCAACUCAAGCAUGAAGACACCAACCUGGCUUCCAGCACCAUUGUGAAGGAGGGAGCCAACAAAGAGGUGCUGGGAAUCCUGGUAUCCUACAGGGUCAAGGUGAAGCUGGUGGUGUCUCGAGGCGGGGAUGUCUCCGUGGAGCUACCUUUCGUCCUAAUGCACCCCAAGCCUCAUGACCACAUCACCCUUCCCAGACCCCAGUCAGCCCCCCGGGAAACAGAUGUCCCUGUGGAUACCAACCUCAUCGAAUUCGAUACCAACUAUGCCACAGACGACGACAUUGUGUUUGAGGACUUUGCCCGGCUCCGGCUGAAGGGGAUGAAGGAUGAUGACUGUGAUGAUCAAUUCUGCUAGGAAGAGGGGCUGGGAGAGGUAGGGGCGGGCAGGACUGAGGACCCACAGCCCUUGUGAGUGGGAGGGUCUCAGCCGCUCCUCCUUCCCCAUCCGUUCACCCGAGAUACACACUGGACCCAUCACUUGUUGAAAGUGGGCAUUAAUCUUUUAACUUCAGCUCUGCCACCCCAGCCCUGCUCCCUAGGGUGGCAAGCUGUGUAGACACAUACAAUUUUGGGAAGGGAACAGUGAAAGCAAGCGAUUGAAUGUAGAGAAAAGGAGUAGAAAGAACUCCCACCUUUGGCCUCAUACCAACACACCCCCAGUCACCACUUCUGCCUCCCAAUCCUUGAAGAUGAGACUUCAGGGAGGGGUUGGCAAAGCCAUUUCUUUGUUUCUGAACAUAGGAAAGAAAUAAACGUUUUAAUAGGCA